AUGUCGGUCAAGAGGGAUAUCAUCCUACCAGAGAAGGGUGCCAGCGAUAUCGACAAGAAGGGCAGUGAUGACUUACCUCCGGAUCGCGAUAUCGAGGUUGCAGAAGGGCACCUGGCUGAUCUAGAAGUCGACAUAAGUAAAGUUCUUUCUAAGGCCGAAGAGGAGGGAGAUUGGGAUGCCGAUACAAGCCCAUUCCCCGCCGUGCGGGCCGUGGUACCUGAGACGGACGAUCCCGACAUGCCCGUGAAUACAUUCAGAGCAUGGUUUCUCGGCAUUUUUUUCGUGUUCCUAGGAGCAGGUGUAAAUCAGUUCUUCUCGCUGCGUUAUCCGGGAGUUCAUAUCGUGUCUCUCGUUGCAGAACUGCUGGCUUUCCCUCUCGGAGUCACCAUCGCCAAGUUACUACCUAUCAGCCGAUUCAAUCCUGAUCACCAUUUCAACAUCAAAGAACAUGCCAUGGUGACCAUCAUGAGCAAUGUCUCCUUUGGAUUUGGUUCUGCCGAUGCUACGAGCCUAAUCCAGGCUUCCAAGUUGUAUGGCUUCGAUAUGCCAGCUGGAUUUUCGGUCUUGGUCGUUAUUUGCUGUCAACUAUGCGGAUACGGCAUUGCUGGCCUUUGCAGAACGCUACUUGUUCAGCCCGCCACUAUGAUUUGGCCAGGCGUCCUCGGCAAUGUGGCACUAUUGAGCUCGAUUCAUUCUCGAACUAACGCAGUGGCUAACGGAUGGAAGAUAACUCGUAUUAAAUUCUUUAUGGUAGUGGGAACCGCUUCUUUUGUGUGGUAUUGGUUUCCCGGUUUGAUGUUCACCGGCCUGAGUUACUUCACGUGGAUAUGUUGGCUUGCGCCCAACAACCUCGCAGUAAAUCAGAUCUUCGGCAUGGUAACAGGCCUAGGACUAUUUCCCUUAACCUUGGAUUGGUCCAUGGUUGUAUACAAUACGAAUCCGUUACUUAGUCCUCAUUGGGCUGCUGCCAACGUCUUCGCCGGAUUUGCCAUCUUCUUUUGGGUCGUCACGCCGGCUAUCUAUUACACCAAUACGUGGUUUACGUCCUACUUGCCCCUUUGCACUGCGGACGUGUAUGACCGUUUUGGGGAGCUCUACGACACUGCGAGGGUCAUUACUAAUAACCUUUUCGACCAAGAGAAGUACGCGGCAUACUCACCACCCUACCUGCCCGCGACUUUCGCCUUCGUCUACGGUCUCUCUUUUGCAUCAAUCACCAGUGUAUUAUCGCAUGUCUACUGUUUCCAUUGGGAAGAAAUCAUGCAUGGGGUACGCGGAACUCAGAAGCUUGAUAUUCACGCACGACUUAUGAAGGGUUAUAAGAAUGCCCCCUGGUACUGGUGGUCUGCGAUAGUUCUUAUCGUAUUUGGAAUGAGUGUCGCCAUGACCGAAGUAUAUCACACAGGGUUACCCGUGUACGGAAUUGUACUUGCGAUCGUGAUCGGCGGCAUUUACAUGGUCCCCUGCGGCAUAAUUCAGGGGCUGACGAACGUGAAUGCGAACCAACUCAAUGUCCUAUCCGAAUUUAUAGGUGGCUAUAUGUUUCAGGGGAGGCCCAUAGCAAACAUCUUGUUUAAGACUCUGUCGCAAGAUGUGGUAGGCCAAGGGUUGUAUUUUGCCGCCGACAUGAAGUUGGGCCACUACUUGAAGAUUCCACCGCGCACUCUAUUCUGGGCACAAGGCUUAGCUACUAUACUCGGUGCUAUAACGCAAGUGGGCGUCACGCUGUGGAUGUUGGGGAACAUACCUGAAGUCUGCACGGUGGAACAACCCAAUGGCUUUAGCUGCCCCCAAGGCCGUACCGUUUACAGCAGUUCCGUAAUAUGGGGUUUGGUUGGACCCGCGCGCCUAUACUCUGUUGGCCAGAUAUACAGCGGCCUCUUACAUUUCUUUUGGAUCGGGUUAAUUCUACCGCCGAUUACCUAUUAUAUCUGGAAGAAGACCGGAAACGAAUUCGUCCGCAAGAUCAACUGGCCGCUCAUAUUCGUCGGCACGUACAACGUCCCGCCAGCCACGGGCAUCAACUACAGUAGUUGGUACAUUGUCAACCUGAUCUUCAACAAAAUCAUUUAUAAGAGAUUCUACGCUUGGUGGGCCAAGUACAACUAUGUACUAGCAGCGGCAUUAGACAUUGGCCUCGCGAUCAGUGGCAUCGUCAUCUUCUUCGCUGUUACAUACGGACCCAACAAACAAUUUCCUGAUUGGUGGGGAAAUACGGUAUGGCAGAAUACUGCUGAUGGCCAAGGUCUACCGUGGUUACAAAUGCCGGAUAUUGGAUAUUUUGGUCCACCAAACGGAACUUGGACCUGA